AUGCGCAGCUGCACGGUCUCGUCAUGGUUCGGCAGGGGGAAGGCGGUGACGCUAGACGAGGAAGAACUCUGGCUCGGAUCAAUGAAUGUCGGUGAAGAACGGCUGACAGACGGGACGGUGUGGUGGACCGUCGAGGGGGAGUCGGAAUGCCUGCCCACGGCGCAGGAAUUCGGCGACCCCGAAGGUUUGGCCAGCGGCACCGGCUUCAGGCGGAGGAAGGGGGUUGAGGAGGGGACCAACGUGCAGGGUCCCUCGUGGGCGCGAAAGCGCACCAAGCAAGCCAUCAAGCCUUCAAGUCUUCAAGCCAACCAGCGAGAAUCGCCGCACAGUGGGGAUCCCGCCGAUGGGGCGCACCUCAUGUCUGCAACACACUCGCCAAGACUGAGCCGGAGCACUGCUUACAUGUGGCCGUCACAUGGUGACAAGAACCGCGCAUCUUGGCUCCUCAUGGCACUGAUCGAGACUGUCUUGAAGGCGGCCUUGAGCAAGUUCACCCCUGUACGGCACCAAAGCUUCUUGAAUCUCGAGCUCCGAGCACCAAGCACAGAGCCUCGGCCCCUUCGCCGCAAGCAGAGGUACACUAGAUGCUGA